ACCUAGACUUGGCGCAUGCGCCGGGCAGGACGGGCCGGAUUGAAAACUAUGGCGUGGGUACCUGCAGAGGCUGCGGUGGAAGAGUUGAUGCCCCAGCUGUUGCCAGUGGAGCCCUGCGACUUGACAGAAGGUUUCGAUCCCAGCGUACCUCCGAGGACUCCUCAGGAAUACCUGAGGCGGGUCCAGAUCGAAGCAGCUCAAUGUCCAGAUGUUGUGGUAGCUCAAAUUGACCCAAAGAAGUUGAAAAGGAAGCAAAGUGUAAAUGUUUCUCUUUCAGGAUGCCAACCUGCGCCUGAAGGAUAUUCCCCUACACUUCAGUGGCAACAACAACAGGUGGCACAGUUUUCAACUGUUCGGCAGAGUGUGAAUAGACAUAGAAGUCAUUGGAAAUCACAACAGUUGGAUAGUAACGUGACCAUGCCAAAAUCUGAAGAUGAAGAAGGCUGGAAAAAAUUUUGUCUCGGUGAAAGGUUAUGUGCUGAAGGAGUUACUGUUGGACCAGCUGCAAGUGAAAGUCCUGGAAUUGAUUAUGUACAAAUUGGUUUUCCUCCCUUGCUUAGCAUUGUUAGCAGAAUGAAUCAGGCAACAGUAACUAGUGUCUUGGAGUAUCUGAGUAAUUGGUUUGGAGAAAGAGACUUUACUCCAGAAUUGGGAAGAUGGCUUUAUGCUUUAUUGGCUUGUCUUGAAAAGCCUUUAUUACCAGAGGCUCAUUCACUGAUUCGUCAGCUUGCAAGAAGGUGCUCUGAAGUGAGGCUUUUAGUGGACAGCAAAGAUGAUGAGAGGGUUCCUGCUUUGAAUUUAUUAAUCUGCUUGGUUAGCAGGUAUUUUGAUCAACGUGACUUAGCUGAUGAGCCAUCUUGAUGUAGCUGCGCUCUUGAAGAUAGAAGAUACUUGGGAUGAAGACAACCUAAGUCUGAGGAAGUGCAGUGCCAAUUCAAGUGCAGGUUGCAUCACAUCGUCAACACUAUGUGAAGCCUUCAUCUUAACCUGUGCAGCUCAAGUUGAUAUUCAGAAGAUAGACUGUAUUGAUUUGAAUGUCUGAGGUAUCUUUGAAAGACCUUGCCCAGUUAGGUUGUGAUAAUAUUUGUAAAACUACAAAUAUAACAAAAUUUAUUGAAGUAUUUUUAAAAAUCCUUAAAAAAAAAGGACCUUACCCAGUUUUUGAUGAACAGUUUAAACAGGUUUCUGUAAUCACAUACUUCUAAAACUAAAUUGAAUGCCAUUUAUUGAUGAAGCAUCCUGCACAAAAACUGUAUGAUGAAAUUUUAUAGAGUGCUGUUUCAUUAUUUACAUAUAUACAUAUAAAAUGUUAAUUGAAAAUGUGUUUUGGUUACAAAAUUUUGUUUGAUUCUUUAACCAAACAAAAGACAAGGUUAAAUAAAGGAUAAAGACAAGUAUUAGAAUUAAGAUAAUCUAGAUUAUGGAGUUCCUGUUGUGGCUUAGCUGUUAACGAACCUGACUAGGAUCCAUGAGGAUGUGGGUUCAGCCCUGGCCUUGCUCAGUGGUUUAAGGAUCCGGUGUUGUUGUGAGCUGUGGUAUAAGUCGCAGAUGUGGCUCAGAUCACGCGUUGCUGUGGCUGUGGCGUAGACUGGCAGCUGCAACUCUGAUUAGACCCCUAGGCUGGGAACCUCCCUAUGCUACAUGUAUGGCCCUAAAAAACAAAACAAAACAAAACAAAAAGAUAAUAUAGAUUAUAUGGUACGUGUAUUCAUAGUCAGCAACAAAAUUGAUCUGAUGUUUUUCCUUUUAAGCUCAAACUGUUAUUUUUAAAUGUUUUAUUGUGUUUAUUACAGUUUGUUUUCAGUAAUACCCUAAAAGGUAGAGUGUCUUAAUUUUUCGGACACAUCUUUUAUUCAUAUCACUUAUAAUUUAUCUAUUUCUAUAUCAGGUAGAAAUGUUUCCUACUUUAAAUAACAAAAAAUCCAAAUAUCAAUGGGUUUUCAAAUAGGGAUUUAUUUAUUUAUUUAUUUUUUGUCUUUUGUCUUUUGUUGUUGUUGUUGCUAUUUCUUGGGCCGCUCCCGCGGCAUAUGGAGGUUCCCAGGCCAGGGGUUGAAUCGGAGCUGUAGCCACCGGCCUACGCCAGAGCCACAGCAACGCGGGAUCCGAGCCGAGUCUGCAACCUACACCACAGCUCACGGCAACGCCGGAUCGUUAACCCACUGAGCAAGGGCAGGGACCGAACCCGCAACCUCAUGGUUCCUAGUCGGAUUCGUUAACCACUGCGCCACGACGGGAACGCCGGGAUUUAUUUUUUUCACAUAGCAAAAGUCUAGAGGAGAUGGCUCUUGGCAUUGGUUCAGUGACUCCACAAUACCAAGAUCUCUGAUAAUCUUUUCGCUUCCCUCACAGUAGGAUGGCCACUGCAGUGCAGAGCAUUGUGUCU